AUGGAUCCCCGAGACCAGACGUUCAUGACCAUUCACAACCUCACCCCGGAUGCCAACAUUCUCUUCGCCUCGGACUCGAUCCUUGAUAUUCUGGGCUACCAGCCCGACGAGGUCAGGGGCAAGUCCGCCUUUGACUACUUCCAUCCCGAUGAGGUGCCGUUUGCCCGCUCGAUCCACAGCAGAGGCAUCCUGCUAGACAAGGCGGCCGUCCUCCACUACGCGCGAAUUCUCUCCAAAACCGGGCAGUGGGUUGGCUGUGAAUGCUGUUUCACCGUGGUUCACAAUGUGCUGGUGGCCUCGACGAGUAUAUACUUCAAGGGUGAACGGAGCGAGAGGCGGGCCAGGGACGCACCACAGAUCAGACGUAUAUUCUCCAGCUCGCCACGAGAUCCCCGGUACCACAUGCUCGAGCACUUGUCUCCUAAAUUCAAGAUGCCACCCAUGGAGCGAGAACCUCGCGCUGCGCUCAUACUCAACCGAUUCACGAGGAACCUGACCAUCAUGUAUGCGACAGAUGCUGUUGCGCAGAUUUUAGGGGUACGCCCCAAUGAACUGCUCGAGAGGCCGUUCUACGAGUGUAUCCAGCCGAACUGUCUUGACGAAGCGGAACGGUGCUUGGAGAGCGCCAAGGCGAACGAGUCGAUUGCGUACUUGCGUUUCUGGUACAAGGAUCCCCGGAUCGAUCCCAAUGAUCCCGUCAGCGAAGACGAGGUCGAUGGCAUGGAGGGUGAAGGCGACGACGGGAGCAGUCCGAGCGAGAGCGAGGCCGACUUGAAAGACCCAAGUCUAAAAGAUCGCUGCAUGGAUCUUGACCAAGAACCUGGACCUCAGACGUGCGAGGAGGACGAUAUUGAGGGGGAAGAUGGGGAGUCGAGGAGUGGUGCACGCGCAUCAACACCACAGAGGUGCCGGCCGCAGUCCCCUCAGACUUGUGAACUCGAGGCUGUCGUCUCGUGCACAUCCGACGGGCUCGUCGUGGUGCUGCGGAGAGCCCGGCCUCCUAUUCCCGACCCACAGCCGCCCGUAAUUCCGGCCGCCUUCAAUUUUGAGAACGGCCUCUUCGCGGCACCGUGGGGCCUCCAGCCCAUUGAACCCUACAUCUCCCCCGAACUACUCUACACAUUCCGCCCACCCCUCCUCCCGCAGUAUAUGCCGCUGCGAGAGUGUGUCAAAGCCGCAGGCGGACCUCCCCUUGACCAACUGAUGCGCUCAAUACGCGACGUGGCCGUCUUCGCCUGGGCCGUGACCGGUAUCAACCCGACGCUCGCCAACUACGGCCAUGGCCGGCCAAUGAUAAGCGCCCCACCACCGGUCGACGGCCUCCCCACGUGGGAACCCGAUUCCCGCCCAACCAUGUACCCACCGCCGGAAGACCUCUCCGGCACCGGCACCGGCACCGGGAGCGGUAGCAGCAGCAGCAGCAGCAGCGACCUCCCGAAGGAACCGGCCUUUGGCCGCGCCUCCUUCUACUCUCCUCCAGAGGCUGCCGGACCCAUCCACGGCUACCGCACACGGCAUGCUUCGCUGGACGAGAAUAUGUAUAAUGGCGGCAUAGCGGGAUGGCACGGAUCGGCGCCAUACCACUAUGGUGAUGGUGGUGAUGGUGGAGGCUAUGACUCGGGAGGGUAUAGUCAGCAUGGCCGUCGGCCGCCACUGCGGCCAGCGUUUUCGUAUGACGCGCUGCAGGACCACGCGAGACAUCAGCAGCAGCCGCAGCAGCAGGGGUGUUAUAUACCGUUGGCGGCGGAGGUGGCAGCGCGGAGGUGCAACCUUGGCGAUAAGCCGUGGACAGCUGGGGCGAGGUACGCUGCGCGCGAGCCGUUGAGGAGGGCCGCGGGCGGUGCGGGGGGAGGGGGUGGGAGUGUGGGUGAGUCGUCAAAGACGACGGCGGCUGCGGGGAGGUACUUUUGGUAG